AUGGUCGUAAAACUAACUGCCGCUGCGUUGUACGCGGACGUUUACCCCACCCAUACCAAAGCCCGCGGAAGACAAAUGGAUUGCGCCGCUGAGAAGCGCCAAAAAUUAACUGCUUUACCAGCUCUUGUGGAAGAUGACUCCGAGGUUGAAGAGUAUGAACAACCGAUGGUGAAAUGUUUUGUACCCCGUCCUGAAGCACUUCGGCGACAGAAAUCAAUUUCUCCGCAAGGAAGGGAAAGGAUGCGGCGGCAACUCGCAUUGCCAUCGCUUUCUGAGGAUGAAGAGCCAUGA